AUGCCUCUGAAAAAUGGUAAGAUUGCACGUACCGCUCCUCCUACUCCGUACAGAGGGUUCUAUAAAGGAGCAACAAAGGGAGACAAUUACCUUCCGCCUUCAAUCUCAAACCCUAGCUCCACCACUAUGUCUUCUUCUUCUUCAAAUUCCUCGCAAUCCCAGGAACCAAAUCCCCAAUCCAACACAAAUACCAAAACCCAAGAAGAAAUUCUCAAAAAAGACGAGGAAAAACAAGACGAAGAAGAAGAAGAAGAAUGUGGGUUCUGUUUAUUCAUGAAAGAAGGUGGAUGUAGAGACCCUUUUAUCGAUUGGGAAAAAUGCGUUGAACAAGGGGAAAAAAACAAUGAAGACAUUGCAGAAAAAUGUUUCCAAGUUACUUCUGCUUUGCAGAAAUGUAUGGAAGCUCAUUCCGAUUACUAUGCUCCAAUUUUACAGGUAGAGAAAGAUGUAGAAGCUAAGGUUAUUGCUGAAUUCGAGAAGAACAGAGAAUCGAUUGAGCAGAAAGAAGAAAUGUAAUUUUUUUUUUUGAAGAUUCUUUGUAUGAUUUUUGAUAUUUUUAUUCUAAAGAGAUGAAUUUAGGAUUUUUUUUUUCCUUUAGAAUUGAAAAGAGAAAAUGGAGAGUUUUUUGAGUAAUUUAUUUUCAAUUAAUAAUUGUAAUAAAAGUGCUACAGAUUUUCAGUUCAUAGAAUUGUAAUUUUAAAGUGCAAAGAGUAAUUUGCA